GGUGGAGGUUUGUGUGAGUGUGUUGACCGUGUCCAACCGCAGACUGUGGACUCUCAGUAAACACUGGCAGUUAGUCAUUAACGCGCCAGAAACACAGCGAACCAUCGUCUCCGUCCACGGCUUCUAUCCUUCAACACUUCAUCUUUCUGACCUGCUGGUUUGACGGAGGUCAUGUCCCGCCUCGUCCUCUUUGUGUCCAUCAUCGUCGCUCUGUGGUCGGCGUCGGUGCUCAGUCUGUCAGUGUUCUCGGACCCUCCGGAGGCUCACAUGCUGCUCCGCUCCCGCCGGGCCAACUCCUUCCUGGAGGAGCUGAAACCUGCUUCCAUGGAGCGCGAAUGUGUGGAGGAAAAAUGUGACUUUGAAGAAGCCCGAGAGAUUUUCGUAACCAGGGAAGCAACACUGGAGUUCUGGACGGUGUACACAGAUGGGAACCAGUGUCACUCCAACAUGUGUGUUCACGGAUCCUGUGUGGACAUGUACCAAGACUACGCCUGCCGCUGUAACCAUGGAUACGAGGGCAAAUACUGCGACCAGCCUCAAACAGCCACUAACUGCUCGCUGGAUAACGGAGGUUGUGACCACGACUGUUCGGAGAGCGAGGACGGCCUGACGAGGAGCUGCAGCUGCGUGGGCGGAUACAAACUGCACGUCAACUCCAGGACAUGUGACCCGAAAGGCGCGUCGUCCUGCGGUCGGCUGCUUAUCGGCAGGUCGUCCUACACCAAGCCGAUGGACGGCCUGCUGCCCUGGAUGGUGGGAGGGGAGGUGGGGAAGAAGGGAGAGAGUCCCUGGCAGGUGCUGUUACUGAACGCCAGAGGGCGUUUUCACUGCGGUGGCGUCCUCAUCGACGAGAGCUGGGUGCUGACCGCCGCUCACUGCCUCGACAACAGCCUCAGAUUCAGAGUACGACUGGGCGACUACGAGCGUCACAGAGACGAAGGCACCGAGGUGACCCUGAAGGUCGUCAAGGCCUUCAAACACCCGGACUACGACAGCAGGACGGUGGACAACGACAUCGCCCUGCUGCGCCUGCAGACCCCCGCCCCGCUCUCCCAGUACAUCGUCCCUGUCUGCCUGCCGGGACGCCAGAUGGCGGAGCGGGUGCUGCACCUGAACGGCACCCUCACCGUGGUGACCGGCUGGGGCAAGGACGACCUGGACAGCGACACGUUCAGCUCGGCGCUCAACGUCAUCAAAGUCCCGCUGGUGGACCGCGGCGUCUGCUCCCGCCAGAUGUCCCACAACAUCUCCGAGAACGUGCUCUGCGCCGGGGUCCUCGGGCAGAGGAUGGACGCCUGCGAGGGGGACAGCGGCGGGCCAAUGGUCACUCUGUACCGGGAUACCUGGUUCUUGAUCGGCCUGGUGUCCUGGGGCGAGGGCUGCGGCAGGGAGGACAAGCUGGGCAUCUACACCAAGGUGUCCAACUAUAACGAGUGGAUCGGCAGAGUGCGUGAAGACUGGGACAAAGCUCAACAUCCACGAGAGCCCCCGACUGUCUGAACCACCUGGACCCACCGCCAGGUGACCCGGUCCGGUCUGGUAAACCCACGUUAAGGCCUCGGUGCAGCAGAGAUGUAACACACUUUAGAAAUAAACUCAUUCUGCCUCAACA